GUAUCACAGGAAUGACUGAGUCCCCAGAGCCCUCUGUGAGUCUCUGUGAAAAGGGACCCUGGGGGGUUUUCUGCUUCAGGUACCUGUGAUGAGUCAGGAAAGGGCUGGAAGAAGUUGACCAACUUGAGUGGUGAAACCAGUCCAUCUUCUUCAAGCAGGGCAGGAGGCUGGGCUGGGGAAACAUAUAAGGGCACCCUGGCCCCUGCUCAGCUCAGCACUGCACUAGAGGCCUCCACAGCUGUCCCCACUGUGAGUCUGGUUGAUCUAAAGCAGCUUCCAGGAUGUCCCAGCAACACACUCUGCCAGUGACUCUGCCUCCCGCACUCUGUCAGGAGCCCCUCAAGCCAGUUUGCCCUCCCAUCAAUACCCAGCCCGAGCAAGUGAAACAGCCAACCCCACUGCCUGCCCUGUGCCAGAAGAUGCCCUCUAAGCUCCCAGGGGAGGUCCCCCAGGAGCAUGGGGAGAAUCAUACAACUCUCGUGAAGGGGGUGACUGAGCAACAAUGUGAGCCACAGCAGCAGGAACAUCAUCUGGAACAGCAGCAACAGCAAGACUCACAGCAGCAGGAACAGCAUCCAGAACAGCAGCAGCAACAGCAGGACUCACAGGAGCAGGAACUUCACCUGGAACAGCAUCUGGAACAGAAGCAGCAGCAGCAGCAGCAGCAGCAAGAGUCACAUGAGCAGGAACUUUGCCUGGAACAGCAUCCAGAACAGCAGCAGCAGCAGCAGCAGCAGCAGCAGCAGCAAAAGUCACAGGAGCAGGAACUUUGCCUGGAACAGCAUGUGGAAAAGAACCAGCAGCAACAAGAGUCACAGGAGCAGGAACUACACCUGGAACAGCAUCUGGAACAGCAGCAGCAAGAGUCACAGGAGCAGGAACUUCACCUGGAACAACAUCUGGAACAGAAGCAGCAGCAGCAGCAGCAGCAGCAAAAGUCACAGGAGCAGGAACUUCACCUGGAACAGCAUCUGGAAAAGAACCAGCAGCAACAAGAGUCACAGGAGCAGGAACUGCACCUGGAACAGCAUCUGGAACAGCAGCAGCAAGAGUCACAGGAGCAGGAACUUCACCUGGAACAACAUCUGGAACAGAAGCAGCAGCAGCAAGAGCCACAGGAGCAAGAAAUUCACCUGGAGCAGCAUCUGGAACAGCAGCAGCAGAAAGAGUCACAGGAGCAGGAACUGCACCUGGAACAGCAUCUGGAACAGCAGAAGGAGCAGGAAAUACAGCAGCAGCAACAAAAGGAACAGUGUGAGGAACAUCAGGGAGCAAAAAACCUGGAGCAGCAGCUGGAGCAAGAGAAAGCACAAAGGAAGCAGCAGCAAAAGGAACAGCUGGGACAGGAGAAGAAGAUCAUGGGCCAGCAACUGGAUGGAGAUAUAGCAAAGAGAAAUGAGCACCUGGAAAAGAAAGAAGAGCAGCAGCCAGAGCCAGCAGAGCAGCAGGAAGGCCAACUGACGCAGCCUGCAUUUGUCCCAGCUCCUGUCCAGAUCCAAGAGCCCCUACUAGUCCAUCCACUGAGGGGAGAAGUCAUGCCCCUCAUAGACCAACAGCAGCAGAAGCACGAGGUAUAUGGCCCCCCAAAAUAUAAGUAAGCACCCCCAGUCCCAGAGGCUCUCAGGCUAUCCCACACAAGUGACAAGAGAGCCAGUGGCCUCUCUUACCUCAGGUCCCCAGCCUGGUGGCCCACCUCAUCUGUGAACCUGCCUAACCCUGUCCUUCUGCAUGUUUCUUUGAUGGGGCUGGGAGAAGGGAAAGUUAUUGCCCAGAACCCAUCCCUAAUGAGCUCAGUACCAACAGGUGGCCAUGGCCUCUGUCACUAAUUCUGACUUUGUCUCCAGUAUUAUAGUUGAAUCUGUGAGUAUUUACAAUAAUACAGAAUAAAUCCUGGAAGUCUGGGA